UUCACACAAAUGAAAAUAGAAGAGCAGCACAACCUGAACCUAGCUAGGGAAGCGCGAAAAUUUCUCCUCGCGUGUCGCAUUGUCCACAAUUUCGCAUUCACUAUUCACAUGUAAAGUCCGCUGGUCGUUACACAGAAUAUCUUUCUUGGUCAACGUUAUUCUCUUUCAUCAAUCAUUUAUUAGCCCUGGUUAACUGAGGAAAAUUUUAAUAAGUUUUUAAUUUAAUGUUAAUUAGAAAUGUGAAAGGUUAAAUGGCUUCUGUUUAGGUUAGUAAUACCUAACACAACAGCUGUUCUAUGAAGAUAAUUCGCAAAAAACGCACGCGUUGAAUAAAAUACUUAAAAAUGAGUGAUGAAAAAGUAAAGAUGCGAAAGCAGCUCGGUCUGCUAGAAGGGGUGGCUAUAAUAUUAGGGAUAAUAUUCGGUAGUGGUAUUUUUAUAUCGCCGAAAGAGGUUUUAGAAAAAACUGGGUCGGUAUGGGGCGCACUGUCGGUGUGGGCUUCGUGCGGAGUCUUGGCUACACUCGGGGCUAUGUCCUACGCUGAAUUGGGUACAACACUAGCACAGAGUGGCGGCGACUAUCACUACAUUAAUGAGGCUUACGGCCCUCUGCCAGCGUUUCUCUAUCUGUGGGACGCCAACUUGGUCUUCGUGCCCAGUACAAACGCUAUAAUGUCCUUGACAUUUGCGAACAACAUACUAGACCCGAUUUUUCCCGAUUGCCCCAUAGAUCCAAUCUGCAGAAAACUUAUAGCGGCCGUCACUAUAUGUUUCCUAACGUUUAUUAACGCGUACGAUGUCAGGUUCACUACGAGGAUUCAGAACGUUUUUAUGUUCACAAAGAUUACUGCUUUAACUGUUAUCGUCGUCGGAGGAAUCGUCUGGAUGAGCAAAGGUGGUACGGAACACUUCGAAGAUGGGUGGUCAGGCACCAAGUCGUCAGUCAGCGACUGGUCCGUAGCAUUCUACUCUGGAAUAUUCUCAUACUCCGGCUGGAACUAUUUGAACUUUAUGACUGAAGAAUUGAAGGAUCCCUUCGUGAAUCUGCCGCGAGCUAUCUACAUAUCGCUACCGAUGGUCACGGCUAUAUACUUGCUGGCUAACGUGUCUUAUUUGGCUGUGCUCGGACCCGUCGGCGUAUUGGCCACAGAGGCUAUAGCUGUGGAUUUUGCGGUAUCAUGCUUGGGUUUCCUCAAAUGGGCGAUGCCGACCCUUGUGGCUAUCGCUAUACUGGGCGGUCUGUCAGUUCACAUUAUGACGUCAUCCCGCAUGUGCUUCGCCGGCGCCCGCAACGGGCACAUGCCCGAGCUCCUCGCGCACAUCAACGUCAAGUGUAUGUCGCCGAUGCCAUCGCUUGUGUUUCUGAUGCUGAUAUCAAUCAUCAUGUUGAUCCCGGACGACCUGACCUCGUUGAUCACGUACUGUACUGUCGUCGAGUCCUUCUUCACUACGCUCAGCUGCAGCGCUGUACUGUGGCUUCGCUACAAGAGGCCCGACCUGCCAAGACCUAUCAAGGUACAACUGUGGAUGCCGAUAAUAUUCGUGACUGUGAGCGCUAUACUCCUCGUGGUGCCGGUUGUGAGCGAGCCGGUUGCUGUCAUCGCGGGAGCCCUCAUGACCCUCGCCGGUGUACCGGUCUACUACCUGCUCGUUAGGUCCAAGCCGAAAUGCGUUGCUGAUGUUUCCACCAAAUUCACUCACUGCUGCCAAAAGCUGUUUUUGUCUGCUGUCGAAGAAAAGGAAGAGUAAACCUAGAAGCAGAUCUGCGUAACGUUCUAUGUAGACCAUAAAGAGGCUAGGAGCCAAAUACAAGGAACCGUAAUAGUCAAAGUCAGCCGGCUCCUAAGAUUUAGCUUAGAACAUAUCUCUAUAAGGUAUAUCUCAUAUUAGUAGAACGAAACUCGAAUAAGUCCUAUUGGCUAAAAGACGAUUAGCGGCGGUCCAAAGAAUAUUUCACAAAUAUUUGGCCCCAAAAUUAAAUUAUAUGCUCUUUGAGGCUAUUCUAAGUGAUAUUUAUAAAUUAACAUGUACUGUUAGUCAUUAACACGUUGGUCUCUCAUGUCAGAUCUUUUGUAUAAAGUUGUCUGAAAUUAUACUAAGGUAAUAUUUGCAGCUAUUCGAGUAACUCAUGAACUAAGGGUGUUUAAUUAAACUUAUAUGUCAUGAGAAAAUGUAAUUGUAAGUGCUGCAGUGGAUUAGAAAUUAAGGUAGUCAUGAGCAUAAUAAAUCUAUCUAUAUUUUGUAUAGAAAAACAUUCUUGUCUACUAUCUCUUGAUAUGAAUAUAAAUAUUUUUAAUAAUCUCUACAAUACAACUGUAGCCUCAAUGUUCGUUCUCUUUGGUUCAAAUAGAUCUGUUUGUAAAUAUUUUCAUACUAUUCGCAUAAAUGGAUCUAAUCCGUAGUUUUUAUCCCUUUUGCACAAUUCAAUGGAUUGUGUGAUGUAUUGCUUUAGCUAUAUGGUUCUAAAUCGUCUAAGACUGAUGCCGAAUGACUAUCUGAGUAUAUUGUUUUUUGUACAACUUUUGAAAUAUAGUUGGUCAGUGACUGAGUAUGCUUUACACAAUUUGUUCGUUCCUCUGAUAUAGUUGAACACCUGGCGAGUGGGCUUUUACUGCACGCGUGAACUAAAAUAUGCGCGAGAUUUAACAAAAUCCUUAACGAUAAUUUGUUUUGAUCUGAUCUGACCUCGGUAGCUUAGUUGGUAAAGCAAAUAGCCAGGUUUAAGUCAUGACUGAGGUUUGAAUUGUUCAUUGUCUUAUUUGUACUCGUAAUUUGCAAAUGCAAUUCGUAGCGCUUUCUGCGCCCUAAAAAUAAUAACGAUAAUGUCAACAAGUUCAGUACUAUAUGGCUCAUCACUGUACAGUGCCAUCGAAAUACAACGAUAUCGGUUACAAGUAUGAUUGUAUAUUACUAAUUGCGUACUUGUACCCUAAACCUUAUUUCAGUUCACGCGUGUGCCGAUUGCGAUAUAGUGGUAGCUUAUAAUCAAUUUGGAUUCAAGUUCGAUCAGACUGAUGCUUUGGAAUGUAAUGAAAUUGUGCCUUAACAGUGCGAGGCUUUUAGCGAACUGACAUACUAUAGACUGCUGUAAUUAUUUAUUAAAAACAUUGAUUAAUUGUGCUGCUCUCUCCAAACGUGAAUAUACCACACUUUACUACUAUUUACUAUAGUAGUAACAGAUUUUGUACUUCGUAUUGAAAUCAAAAGUAUUUUAUUAAAAGGGUCUCAAUAAAGACCCUCCUUAAUUUAGGAGACUUUUGCGGAGCUUAUAACAGUACUUAUAUUUGUAAAACAUUUUUGUAUGAGAUCUUUUAAUGUGUAUUAUAUAUAUUCAUGCACUUAUUAGACGUCACAAGUUUAUUUAGUAUGUAGUUAAGUGUAAGAAUGUAUUAUAGUUUUUAUUCGUGUUUCGAUAAAAACUCGUAAAUGAUAAAUAAUUUAAUUAUUAACGUCAAUACUUAGUCGUUUUAUGGAUAGUGAGUACUUACUAGAUAUAAGGUUCGGCUUUCAGUCUAAUUUAUUGCUAUUCAAUAAUGUUAGGCGAAGAUAAUUAAUAUAUAUUCUAAGCAAUGGUACAUAGACUGAGAAAUAAAUCUAGCCACAAGUCAGAUAGCUAAACAACAUGUACCAACACUAGUUUCGCGUACAACACCGAUAAACAAAUGCGAAUCACAAUUACUUGUCAUAAUAAUUAGUCAUACAUUAAUAUAAUGGUUAAAAUUAGGGUGCUGUUGUAUAUACUUAACAUUUUGGGCCAUUGCAAUGAACCAGCAGUGUCGUGAGCCCCUAUAGGGGAGACAGGCAUAAUGUAGAUAUUAACUCCUAACAAUUAGUAGAGAUAUUUGCUGCGAAAUGGCUCCGAGUGCGAUAUUUCGAGCUUUAUUCUAAGUAUUAGUGUAGCGCCUUGAGUGAUUCGGGCUUAGGUGGACGACUCCGAACGCAGUCGUCCGUAGAGUAGUACCCCUUAAGAUAGUUUCAAAUACAGGUGGAGGGUUGGCGCGAGCUGAAUACGGCCGCCACAUCCGAAACCCCUUCUUUUCUAAUUCCUUUGUACAAAUGAAGAUCCUUUACUAAGAAAAUGGCUAAUCACCAGUGUGCCUGUAACAAGAAAAAUCAGUGUAUAAUUGUACUAUAUUUAGGUACCCCGGCCUCCGGUGUGGGGACUAAACAUUAUAUUUUAUUUGUCGUCGAUGUUUGUCAUGUUGAUGCUUUAAUUUGUAUUUAGAUAGUGUUGUCUCGGUCAGUGAAGUAGAUGCGUCAAAGUAAGUUAACAUAACAUUAUAAAGUCAUAAUUAUCCGUAAUCGUAAAACUGAUAAUUAAUAAUAUGUAAAUACUCAUUAUAGUUAUGGAAUACACAAUUCUGAAUGUAGUAAGUAAUGUCCCCUGAGAAUAUUGUACUGAAUAUUGUAUUUUUAAUAGAAAUUGUAAUGAUUAACAGUUUCAUGUGCACCGAGAUGACAAUCUUUUAAAUUAUAUACCUGUGUGGUUAUUUAUAAUCGUAUUAAGUACAGUCAUAUGCAAUGUAAUCUGAGUAGAAUCAGAUACUGCAAGUAAACUUAGAAUUUAGAGUAUUAAUAUUGACUGACAGUUUAAUUCAUUCAUGGACAUAAGUAGCAAUUUUAGAGAUACAUUUAUAUAAUCAAACUUAUCACUUUUUCUGACGACUGUACAAACGUGUUGUAGUAUUAACAUAGUAUUCGUUUCGGCCAUGUAUCGUCGUUGUCCUAUAAACGAUGUCUGAAAUUGUAAUUUUAAUUAGAAUAUUUUAAUGAUCCAGUGAAUAAUCAUGAUAUAAUAAUAAUACCAACUACUUUAGCGAGCAACUUGAAAGUUUUUUGUGGGGUUUUUUUUUAUCAAUUGCUGUUUUUUUAGUUAUACAUAUGUAACAAUGUUUACUUUGUUGUUUUAUUAUGUUUUUUUAUUAAUGUCUAUUAGGAAUCUCGUUUGAUAAUAAUUCGAUCUGUAUUUGUUGUUCUCAUGUAUUUUGUGCCAAAUAACAUUUUUUGUUUUGUAAGCUUUUUUUCAAUUUUUAUUAAAAAGUUGCGAGAA